AUGGCCACCAGAUCAGUCCCCGCAUCCGUAACGCGGCAGUUGCUUGCAACCUCCCGAUCCGCGCGUAUAUCGUCAAGGCCCCUCGCGUGCGCACCAUUACCGAGACGGAAUGUAUCCGGCCUGUACCGUCCUGCAGCCCGAAUUGCUGGUCAAAGAAGAGGCCUUUCCACGACGCCACGCACACGACUCGCCGCUGUGGACGACACAUUCGAUCCAAAGUCAAUAGAACGCGAAUCUGACGAAGUGGAUGUGCUCAUUGUAGGCGGAGGUCCUGCUGGUCUGUCUGCAGCCAUCAAGCUGAAGCAGCUUGCGACAGCGGCGGGCAAUGAAGACUUUAGGGUUCUGGUGUUGGAGAAGGCGGGCGAAUUGGGCGAUCACAUCGUGUCUGGAAAUGUCAUAGAACCGUCUGCGCUCGACGAACUCCUGCCCGACUGGAGGUCAGAGGACAACCUGAACCGCUUCGCCGACAUCACCCCCGCCAAGGGGGACCACAUGUACUUCAUGACCAAGAACAGCGCAAUCCCUCUACCCAAGCCUCCGCAGAUGAACAAUCAUGGCAACUACAUAAUAAGCUUGAACCAGAUGGUCAAGUGGCUUGGCGAGCGUGCCGAGGAAGUUGGUGUAGAGGUUUACCCUGGAUUCGCUGCGUCGGAGAUACUAUACAACCAUGAAGGCGUCGUACAGGGUGUGGCUACCAACGAUCUCGGUAUAUCGCGAGAAGGCAAGGCCAAAGACUCAUUCGAACGAGGAAUGGAAUUUCAUGCACGCGUCACACUGCUUGGUGAGGGUUGCCAUGGUAGUCUGUCCAAGCAAAUCAUCAAGAAGUACGACCUAAGGCGGGAUAGUCAACACCAAACCUACGGACUUGGCAUCAAAGAAGUAUGGGAGGUACAGCCUGAGAAAUUCAAGUCUGGGUUAGUGGUUCACUCCAUGGGCUACCCACUGCCGAAAGACACCUACGGUGGUGGUUGGAUGUACCACUUUGGUGACAACCUGGUCAGCAUUGGUCUGGUUGUUGGACUUGACUACCCCAACCCGUGGUUGGCGCCCUAUGGCGAAUUUCAGAAGAUGAAGCAUCACCCGUAUUACAAGGAUGUAUUAGAGGGUGGCAAGUGCAUCUCUUAUGGUGCGAGGACGCUGAUUGAAGGCGGUUUCCAGUCCAUACCUAAGCUCGCCUUCCCCGGUGGCGCGCUUCUUGGAGAUGCCGCGGGCUUGCUUAAUCUACCGAAGAUCAAGGGUACGCAUAACGCCAUGAGGUCAGGCAUGCUGGCUGCCGAGGCGACUUGGGAUGCCCUACAAGCCAAUACCGACGGUGGUACCGUGUUCCUGUAUGACUAUGAGGACAAGAUGCGCAAGUCGUCGAUAUGGUCAGAGCUCAAGACUGUGCGCAACAUGCGUCCAUCUUUCCAUACUCCACUAGGCAUAUACGGAGGCAUUAUGUAUUCUGGCCUUGAAGCAUAUGUUCUUCGAGGCAAAGCGCCAUGGACGUUAAAGCACGGCAAACCCGAUCACGCAGCAACCAAGACUGCAGACGAGUGCCCGAAGAUUGAGUAUCCCAAGCCAGACGGUAAAAUCAGCUUCGACAUAUUGACAAGCGUAAGCCGAAGUGGCACAAACCAUGAAGAGGACCAGCCAUGCCAUCUUCAAGUCAAAGACUACGAUGCACAUGCUCAGAAGGAAUGGCCCAAGUACAAGGGUGUCGAAAACAGGUUCUGCCCCGCCGGCGUCUAUGAAUACGUUGAGGAUGAUAGCAAAGAGCUGGGUGUCAGGUUCCAAAUCAACGCCCAAAACUGCGUUCACUGCAAGACUUGCGAUAUCAAAGUGCCCGAUCAGGACAUCAAUUGGCAAACACCACAAGGCGGCGAGGGACCAAAGUACGUACUUACUUAA